CUUUGAAACAUCAGGCAUGGCUGAGGAAAGCAGCAACGAAUACACGCCUCUUGAUUUGAGCAUGAAAGACAAAGCUGCCCCAAGUACAAGCUUUGACGGUACCCAGGAUGCUUCAACUACUUUGGGCGCCUACAACACGACUUCUGAGGACGCCUUGCAUUACCAGAGGAACACGCAGCGCCCGCCGAUGAUCUACGUGACUUGCAACAUCGAUGGUGUCACUGACAAUGGCAGCACAAGCUGCCAGCACCUGGGGUCCGUCAGGAGCAUCGAUAACGCUAGGCCCAGCACAAGUCGCGCUGGCAUGGAGGAAGCAUCAGCCAAUUCUGAAGAUGGCGCCACGAUUUCUGAGGACACCUUGUGGUACCAGAGGAACACGCAGCAUCCGCCGAUGACCGACGAGACUUGCAACGUCGCCAGUGCCACUGACAAUGGCAGCACAAGUUGCCAGCCCCUGGUGUCCAUCAACGACGUCGAUAACGUAAGGCCCAGCACAAGCCGCGCUGGCAUGGAGAAAGCAUCAGCCAAUGUUGAAGACGGCGCCACGAAUGCUACUGGAACUGGAGGAAUGGAACAGCAAGACUCCUGCGGUGUCGAAGCAAGUGAUCAAUCGUCUGCCAAGAAGUCGACACACAAAUGCGAAAUAUGUGGCAAACUGACAAGAGAGGCUCGCAAUCUAGCUGCACAUUGCCGCACGCAUGCACGCGAGAAACCCUACAAGUGCGAAAGUUGUGAUAAAUCAUUCGCGCAUAGGCAGUCUCUCUAUAAUCAUCAACGGAUUCACGCAGGCGUGAAACCCCAUCUCUGCUAUAUAUGUACUAAACCAUUCAAAAGCAAAGCGGAACUUGAGAGUCAUCUCAAAUCACAUAGUAAGGACAGACCUUUCAUUUGCGACAUAUGUAAUCUGUCCUUUAAGCGAAACUGGCAUCUCCAAAGGCACCGCGAACGAUUUCAUGAGGACGAAAAGCCGUAGGAGUGCAAGCAGUGCGGAUUCGGUCCACAAAGAAAGAAAACUUCGACGUACAUCGCUGCCAGAAUACUGGGUGCUAAUUCUAUCGAGAUUCGUUUAGAGGUGCAUUUGAACCUAUUGCACAACCCGUGACGCAUACGGGUGGGCAGUCGUAACAGUGUGACUAGUGCGCAAGUGAAGUAAAUCGCCCAUGGGUUUUGCAUAUCAACGUGACCAUGAUGCCGUGGAGGGAAACAUCACCGCUGACAUUCUCCUGCAGGGGUGAUAAACUUAUCGGACGCAUCGUGUGGAGAGGUGGGCUUCUUUAGACGUUUAAGACUGCUGAGUGGAAUGCAAGACGCAAAGGAUGCCGCUUGAUUUUUUGAAAUUACGAGAACAAACGCCGUCUCAAGCAGAAUUUGGGAUAUGUAAAUGUCGAAGUAUACUGCACGUCCUGGCUCUUGUUUGCACAACUAUGUUGUUCGCCAACGUAGCUUUAGCGAACUCAUUUGUAGACAAAGCCUAAUGGGCAGCAAGUUAGGGUUUUGUGUCACUCUAAGGUUGAAACGUUCGAACAGAAUCCUUGACACCUGGUUUAGUUCUGUGCAAAUGGUCUGACAGUGUACUAGUAAACAAGCAUUACCUUACCAUCCUUUUAAUUAUUCUGCAUUGUGAAUAGAAGAGAACACCUCUCAUUAGAAAACAUUUCAAAAGAAGGCACUGUUUUCUUGUCAACUGAAAAAAAAAUAUAUCUGCCAAUAAUUGAGGUCCCUAGGCCUUGCUGCCUUACAGAGACAGAUUUUAAGAUAUGUAGACAUAAACAUGGGGACAUUUAUUUCUCUUACAAAUUGUUCAAUGCACGUAACGUUUCGGUUCAGUUUUUGGCUCUUGUUUUCAUAGCGAAGAUUUUUCUUCUUUAUCAUGUCAAUGAGAAAACCGAGACUGAACUAGACUGAAAUCGUAUGUAGCGUCACUAUAUAUGUUCUCCCAAAACGAAUAUUUUAGUUGUUGUAUUAACGUGGAACGUCUGUCAGUCUUAAUGUGCAGUUUCUUAUUUAGAAUAUAUAGAAUUUUUAGCCUGAUGUGACAAACGUGUCCCCGAGAGCGAGAUACAGUUUUAGUAGUACUAUUGACACGCAUAGUUCAUAUGUCUUUUUGCUGUGAGCGCGUUUCACCGGAUGCACUUCUCAUUGCAUGACGCGCCUGCAUGCAUCAGAGCUAGCUCCAAAAUUCUGUCUUGUUUUUCUGUAUUGUUCAACUUUUUUCACCAAAUUGCACGCGCAACGCGAAUACAUUUGUGCAUUCUGGAAGGCACGCGAGCACCAGCGAUUCCGCUGGAAUCUUCUACGAAUGAUGUGUGAACAGCCGACGCUCGUUAAUCGUAAAUCACUUGUUCGACAACCCAAUCAUGUGCCUGGCACUAUCUUUCUACCCGAAUGUAACUUGUUUUGUGGGUUCUGGUUCGCCCAAUAAAGA